GAGUGCUGCCUGUUCUCCUGGCCGGUUCCUCGCGCUCAGACAGAGCUGGCUGUUGUCUCCUGAGGGCGUUGGUGCUGGGAGCCACCACCAAACAUCACCCCUGUGGCGAAGUGCGGGUUCCGGGCAGCCUGGAGCAUUCCUGGGCUUUUUUCUGUUGUCACCCUCCUCAUGGCAGGCACAGGACGGCCACAGGAGCCAGGUCUGUAGUAGUGGUGGCCUUGGUGGCCUGUCCUGCCCGCUUUUUGUGGCUGUUCUGGGUCCAGCUGUGCAGUUGAUGUUUGCUGGGCAUUGCACCAGUCCCUGGGAGUGUCCGUGUCAGGUGGAACCCACUGCCUUGCUGCCAGCACCUGGAGGGUAAAAGGACCCACCUGGAUGCUCCUUCUCUGCUGGGUGAAGGAGACCUGUAAACCCCAGUGCUGGGGCUGUGGGGAGCGGUGCCCGUGGGGGUUUGUCAGCUCCUGCUCACCUGGACAUGGCUGGGCAGAGAGGAGGGCUGGCCCUGCCCCUGCUCUGGCCCCUGCUGCUGCUGCUGCUGCUGAGCCUCACCUGCCUCGCCGUGCUGCACCUGGCUCUGGAGACCACUGCCAUGGGGGUGACAGCAACUGUGUCCCCAGCUCACCAUACCUCCUCAACACCCGUGGAGAGCUCAACACUGCUGCCUACCGCUGACUCCACCACCACAGCCACCCUCCUUUCCUCCAGCCCUGAAACAGAGGCCUCCACCCCAGAGGAGUCCAGCACAUCCAUAGAGACUGGCAAGACAUCACCUCCCACUGUGCUUCCUCCCACCACAACUACAGAAGAUUCAGCUGAAUCUACAGAAGAGACCUUGGCAACCCUGGCAGACACCACAGCCAGCCCUGUAAUCAGCACAUCAGACCCCAUGAGCGCUCCCUCUUCAAGCCACCCAGCCAGGACCACUCCUGACAUCUUCCCCUCAACUGGGGAGUCGACUCCAGGCACUGAGUCCUCCUCCCCUGCCACCAGCUCAGCCCAGACCUCAGAGGCUACUACCCUCAGCACGCCUACAGACCUGCCAACGCUGCCGCCAGUCUGCCCCUCUGGCUCUUCCAACACCAGUGCGUCUCACCUCUUUCUGUCGCUGCAGCUAAGCACCCCUCUGGACCUGGGGAACACCACGGUGCAGGAGCUGGUGUUGGCCAAGCUCCGUGAGGACCUGCAGACAGCAUUCCCAUGUGCUGGCCUGUCACUGGCAUGGCGAGGGAAGAGGAGGACUUGACUGCUGCUCCUCACCUGGCCUGCUCCCGCCUGGACUGCUCCCAGCUCCUCACUCCAUGGUGCUGCAGACCCCUGGGGAAUCCCAUACAGCUCCUCUUGAACCUGGGGCUUCCUGUCCUUCACUUUGUACCCCCAGUCCCCUCCUGACCAUUCCACAGCCUGUCUGAAGAGCCUGAGCCCUCCCACCACCCUGCUCCAGACCUGGUUCCCCCUCCAGCUCUGCUGGGGAGCAGGGAGAAGGGGACCCCACGGGACUGGUCUUUUCAUCUGGGACUGAGCUGGCUCAUCCAUCAAAGCCACCCUGGGGACAGGAGAAUGAGAAGAAGGAGACUGAAGCCCCCAGUACUGCUGUGCCCAAGGCUCACCUGUGGUAUUGCUGACAGAGGAGAGCACCCAUGCCGGGCAGUAAAUAGAAAUUCCAUGUUUUCUCUGUUGAAAUGAUGACUUCUUUAUUUUCCAAGUUGUCUUUCCCAGUUUCCAGCUUUGCCAUCUGUUGGAGGUACUGGUGAGGAAAACUUGAGUCCCCAGAGCUUUGCGUGGAGAGACAGGCUCAGUGCUGUCCCCUCCCACCAGGGGCUGCUGCAGACAUUCCCAAGGCACCCCGGCACACUGGUGGUCUGUGCUUUGGAGCUCUCUGCCCCAUAACGCCCCACAGCUGCAGGGGCAGCACUGUGGGGCUGUGGAAAUCCCGUGGGCUGUGCUCCUUCCCUGUUUUUUCCAGUCCCCAACUAAGGAGACGGCUGCAACAUCUGUCCCCCUGCAGCAAAGUAAUUUAUUAACUGAUUAAUUAGCCAGAUAAAAUCCAACUGAAGCAAUUAUUAGCCUUAGCAAGCCACCUCGCCUGGAGAUUGAAAACUGAAAUAAUUAGCAAAAUGGC